UAGAGCUACCAAAUAGGAGGAGGAGGGAGGUGCAAGAAGAAGGCUGUUUCUCCAUAGUAACAAUGACAAAACAAGGCAGUUUAGCACUGGGAAGGCAAAGGGGGGACUGCUGUCAGACACACGCAAACUCCUGCAGGAGAGCUGAAGAACAGGAUCAGGUUUUACUUUGUUAGAGAAAGUUUACUGAGAGGUACCAAGUCAGAGAUGGACCGGGACAGUCACAGCGAGGACACGCUGUCCACCAUGGUUCUGGAGAACGUUAAGAACAAACUAAUCCAUGCCUUUAGGGUGACCACAGAGUCCAGAGUCGAUCCAGGAGAGUCUGACUGUGGCGACAGGUCGAUGAGCAUCAGGAGGAGUCGCCAGGCGAAUGAGGAGCUGAGGCGGGCGCAGAUAGAUGGAGCUAUAACCUGGUUGAGAUCCGAACUGCUGGAAAUGCGCACUCAGGACCUCCAGCUGGCUCAGACGCUGCUAGGGCUCAACUCAGAGAUCCAAAGACUGAGGAGGGAGAGUUUUGGUGGGAUGGAAGUGCAAGGGGACGAUCAGCCAUGAGCAGACCCCACAAGACUGCUUUUUAUCUGAGAAGGACAUAAAACUGA